GGAGAGGUGACGGCUGCUGGCCGUGAGGCCGAAGCUGGGCCAUCGACCCAUCAUGGAGACCCGCUAUAACCUAAAGAGCCCGGCUGUUAAACGUCUAAUGAAAGAAGCAGCAGAAUUGAAAGAUCCAACAGAUCAUUACCAUGCACAACCUUUAGAGGAUAACCUUUUUGAAUGGCACUUCACUGUUAGAGGGCCUCCAGAUUCUGAUUUUGAUGGUGGUGUUUAUCAUGGACGAAUAGUACUGCCACCAGAGUAUCCCAUGAAGCCACCAAGCAUUAUUCUACUAACGGCUAAUGGACGAUUUGAAGUGGGCAAGAAAAUCUGUUUGAGCAUCUCAGGGCACCAUCCUGAAACUUGGCAGCCUUCAUGGAGUAUAAGAACAGCAUUAUUAGCCAUCAUUGGAUUUAUGCCAACAAAAGGAGAAGGAGCUAUAGGGUCUCUAGAUUACACACCUGAGGAAAGAAGAGCACUUGCCAAAAAAUCCCAAGAUUUCUGCUGUGAGGGAUGUGGCUCCGCCAUGAAGAAUACCCUGUUGCCUUUAAAAUCUGGAAGUGAUUCUAGCCAGGCUGACCGAGAAGCCAAGGAAUUGGCUCGACAAAUCAGCUUUAAGGCAGAAGUCAAUUCAUCUGGAAAGACUAUCGCAGAGUCAGACUUAAGCCACCCUUUUUCACUAAAUGAUUUACAAGAUGAUAUACCUACAACAUUCCAGGGUGCUACAGCCAGUACAUCGUAUGGAGUACAGACCCCUUCAGCAGCAUCCCUUCAGCAGCCUAGCCAGUCUGUAACUAAGAAUACCUCCAUGAGUCCUCGACAGCGUCGGGCCCAGCAGCAGAGUCAAAGAAGGUCAUCGACUUCUCCAGAUGGAAUCCAGGGCCAGCAACCAAGAGACAACCAUACUGAUCAUGGCGGCUCAGCUGUACUGAUUGUCAUCCUGACUUUGGCAUUGGCAGCUCUUAUAUUCCGACGAAUAUAUCUGGCCAAUGAGUACAUAUUUGACUUUGAGUUAUAACAUUGUUUUGUGUCUUAAGAUCUGUGACUUGAGUGCUUCAUUAAACAUUCUGCAUUGGGUAUACAUUGUUUACAAAAAGAUUAUUUUGUAUUUGCCCUUCAUUCCUUUUGGAUCCUUAUUAAUUCAGUAGAAAUAUAGAUGGACAUUCAGACUGUGCCCAGCAGUGUGUCCUGCCUAGGUUAAGGGACCGGAAGUCAAAAGUCCUUUGUCUCACUGUUUGACCUGCUUUACAAAGAGUUUAUCAUUCUUACUUAUGCCUCAGCUGCUGUUUAUGUAAAUUUGUUAUGCUUUUCUGUAUAGAUCUUUGAAAUCUUUGGAUAAAAGAUGAAGUUUUACGUUCCAA